ACUGGCUUUACUUUUUGGCCGAAAGUCCCUGGGACUCUCCCUCGCGUCGGGCUUUUUAGCUGAGCGCGGAACUGGGGGAAAGCAAAGCAAGGCGGGAGCGGCAGCAGGCCAAUCAGAAAGGCGGCGAGAGGCGCGCGGUUGCGUUGGUGCUGGGUUUUGUGUAUGUGUGAGUCUGUUCCAGCGCUGGGUUGGGUCCGGAGGAAGUGAAGAAGGCGUUUUGUGGCUGGCCGGGAUGCAGGAUGACCGCAGCAGGCAGAAUUCCCCGUAGAACGACGGGUUCCACUCUCUUGCACCCUGUUAGUGACCUUUUCGGCAUCCCCCUGGAGCAGGUCAAUUUCGUUGCUUGUCAGCUUUGUGCACUCUUGGCUGCAUUUUGGUUUCGCUUAUACUUAAGGCCUAGUCAAGCCAACUCCAGUGUUCGUCAUGCAUUUGCCACAAUUUUGGGAAUAUAUUUUGCCCUCUUCUGCUUUGGUUGGUACUCCAUCCAUAUUUUUACUUUAGUGAUGGUAAGUUAUUUCAUCAUGAACAUGGCCAGUAUCGCCAACAUUCAUAGGUAUUCUUUUUUGGUAGCUAUGGGAUACCUCACACUGUGCCAUAUUAGCCGAAUAUAUAUAUUCCAGUAUGGUAUUCUCACUACAGAUUUCUCAGGCCCAUUGAUGAUUGUAACACAAAAGAUCACAACUCUUGCAUUCCAGGUUCAUGAUGGAAUAGGUAAAAAAGAUGAAGAUCUAACUUCUGAACAGAAGCAGCUUGCUAUAAAGACAAGACCUUCCUUAUUGGAGUAUCUGAGCUAUCAGCUCAACUUCAUGAGUAUUAUGGCUGGCCCAUGCAGCAAUUUUAAGGAUUAUAUAGAUUUCAUUGAAGGGAGACAUGUGAGGAUGAAGUUAUUAAAGGUCAGCUGCAAACAGAGGAGUUGCAGUAGAUUUCUUGAUCCUUCUCCAGUGGGAGCCAUCCUGCAGAAACUUGGUAUCACGCUUCUAUCUCUGGUGGUGUUCUUGACGCUUACCAAGACCUUCCCAGCCACUUACAUUGUUGACGAUCAAUUUAUGAACCAAUCUUCAUUCUUGACAAGGCUUGGUUUUCUAUAUGUGGUCAUGCAAGCCUCAAAGCCCAAAUACUAUUUUGCUUGGACACUUGCUGAUGCAAUUAAUAAUGCAGCUGGUUUUGGAUUUAACGGUGUGGAUGAGAAAGGCAAUUAUCGCUGGGAUCUACUGUCUAAUUUGAAUAUCAGGAAUAUUGAAAUGGCAACAAGUUUUAAAAUGUACUUAGAAAACUGGAAUAUUCAGACAACUGCCUGGCUUAAACGUGUGUGUUAUGAUCGGACUUCUUGGUAUCCUACAGCUUUAACAUUUCUUCUCUCGGCUCUUUGGCACGGUGUUUAUCCUGGAUAUUAUUUUACGUUUACCACCGGCAUCUUUAUGACAUUAGCAGCCAGAAGAGUUAGGAAGAAUUGUCGGCCUGUCUUCAUCUCAUCCAAGCUGCUCAAGGUGAGCUAUGACAUGGUCACCUGGUUGGCAACUCAGCUGUCUGUCUGCUACACCGUGGCACCAUUUGUUCUUCUUGCUGUUGAGCCGACAAUUAAAUUAUACAAAUCACUGUAUUUCCAUAUGCAUAUUUUAUGUAUAUUGGUAUUACUGGUGCUACCAAACAAAUCUCAAAAACUCAGCAGAGGGAACCAGGCCAUUGAAGUGGAGGCACAGAGCUGUAAUAAAAUCAAAAAACAACAGUGAGACUGGAAAAAAAAUCUUCCUUCGCAAGGCCAUCGAACAAAAGUUACAGAGAAACAUACUGUGGCUUCAUUUAAAACACUUUUUAAAGGACAUAGCAGAACUAGACUUUUUAUCCAAGUACAACUCUUACUUGGUAAUGUUUACAUACUUCAAGGGCAAGAUUUAUAAGUUUUUUCUAAAUUAAAGAAGCUAUUUUAAUGAAAGGUUCUACUGCAUUUAAAUAUUUAUUCUUGUGUUUCAUUUGUUAAAAAUAUGUAUUAUCUAUUGUUCAGGCAUGUUGGUUCACCUAACUUCUAAGGUUUUCCUUUCUCCUGUUAACCUUUCAAAUUGGUUAAAAAAAACAAAAAACGCUGGCAGUAUUGUUCCCAAGGAAUAGACUAUAAAAUGUUAUAAACAGCUACUCACAACAUAUCAAAAGGUCUUACUUAGGUUUAUGAUUUUUCUCAAAAUCAUAAACCUAAGUAAGGAAUAUUCAGAUCUUAAAUAAAACAUUCAAGAUUUAUUCACCUAGACCAGUGGUUCUCAACCUUUAUAGUGCAGCGACCCCUUUAAUACAAUUCCCCACAAUGUGGCGACCCCCAACCAUAAAAUUAAUUUCGUUUUGAAUUUAUAGCACCUGAAGCCAUAUUGGCUAGCGAUCUGAACUGCUUUGCGAUUGCCUUGAGGACAGAGGCAUUAAAGCGGAGACUCCUCCCCUAUUAAGUUUAUCGCACCUGAAGCCAGAUUAGGCUAGUGAUUUGAAGAGCCUGCAGCUGGCUUGUGGAGUCAACCAUUGGAGCGUGAUUCUUCGACUCGCAAGUAUACUUCCCAUAUUUCCGAUGGUCUUAGGCGACCCCUGGCAAAUCGUCAUUCGACCCCCAAUGGGGUCCCGACCCACAGGUUGAGAACCGCUGACCUAGUCUGAAAAGCACAUGCUGUUUGAUUGGAAAAUAAUGAUAAAGAAUUGUGAAAUAUUGUGGGUCUGGUUUUCCUUAUAGAUAUACAAUUAGAUACCCCUGCUCUGUGUGAUUAUUCUAGGCUGAAUAGUGAAGGAUACCUAUCAUGAAACCAUCAUUCCAUUAUAGCAUUUGUUACAUGGAAGCAGUUUUUUCUUGGAAAUAUCUCAGGGACAAUUUAUAUUAAUGAUUUGACUUGAACUGUACAGAAUAUGCAUCUUUCAAAUUGGUUUUAAAAAUGUUUUUUAAACAGUAGAAUUUAGGAAGUAUUUUUUGCAUUUUUCUAAAAGAAUUAAAUGCUAUGAGGAAACACAAAUCAAUAAGAAUUAAGCAACUCGGUUGUUGAAUAACUUUCAGCUUGUCUGGGUGUCUAUUGGCUGCUUGUUGCAGAGUUGCAUUGUUGGGGAAAAAACUUUCCAAUUAAGAGUGGAAACCAACAAAGCCAUGUAUUCAUAUUAGAGAAUAAAAACAAAUAAGUUCAAAUUUCCUUUUAUAAAAUUAGCAGAUUUUUUAAAAAAAAGAAGAUUAAGGAGCUGGUGUGUUCAAAAUUAGCAUGAGCAAUUAAUGUAAACUUGGUUUAUAUGACUUUUAUGUAAUGCACUUCCCAGAACAUACUGCUUUGGGUAUUAAUGUUAUCAGUAUACAUUACUAUGUUUUUAUGAACUGUACCAUUAUGUUUGUUAUGCCUUCUGGAUAAUUUCUCUGAGCAGUAUUCCAAAUUCUCAAUUAGUCAGAUUUAAAAAUGCAAGAAAUGUCAAUAAAAAUAUUGAAAUGCAGUAAUAAAAUCAUGGGUCAAAGUAUGAUUGAUUGGGCAAUUUUAAAAAGAUUACCAAUCCUACCAAUUUUAACGGGGUCAUAUUAGAAACAAGAAACACAGAAGCCCUUGUUAUUUAGUAUCCUAGAAUCUAAUCGUCAUAAUUUAAACCUGCAAAUGAGUUAAGAACUAACAGUAUACCAGUAAGUUUUGACAAUUUCUGGUUUGCCAGAAGUUCCUGAGUUUUAUGAAAUUUGAGUUAAUUGUUUAAAAAUCUAUACAUGAUUUUAAUGUAUGAAACAGAAAUUAAGUUAAUUUGUUCUGGAUCCGAGAAGGAAACAUUCAGCAGCAUAAGAAAACAAAAAUAUUAACAUUUAAAAGGUAUAAAUCUUAACAUAACAU